UGCUGGGGAACCGUGACGGAAAAGGGUGGUCACGUCGUUGACAGGAGCCCACCUCGAUUUUGAUCGGAAAAACCACCAAAGUCACAGCACUGUACCGCCCUGGAAAACGCAGCACUCACCAGAUUUGUUCUGCCUCGACAAAUAAAUGCUCAACAUAGGCAUCAGAGAAAUAAAACACACGAAAAACAAAGACCAUUUUGUGAACUGAAACAAAAGCGCACUGGCCAUACAGCACCAAGAUAAAGCCCACGGAGCCUCUCAAUGCAUACCCUUUGUGCUCGGGGAACGAUGAAGCCAGAGAUAACCGCCGCCGUCGGAUUUCUGUCGAGAUUUCUGCGGAUUAAAGGACAUGUGAACGACAGACAGCUCCAGACAUUCAGCCAGUCCUUACAGGACAUACUGGCAGAGCAAUACAUGCACCACUGGUUCCCAGACCGCCCCAACAAAGGUUCUGGGUACCGCUGCAUACGUAUUAACCACAAGAUGGACCCUCUGGUGGGGCAAGCUGGCCAGCGCAUUGGUCUGAGCAUCCAGCAGCUCUAUGUUCUGCUUCCUAGCGAGCUCACAUUGUGGGUCGACCCAUUCGAAGUGUCCUACCGCAUCGGCGAGGAUGGAUCCAUUUGCGUGCUCUAUGAAUCCAAUCCCAAUGCCAACGUCACCACUGGAAACAGCAACCCACCCAUGGUGGACAGUCACAUAAGCUGUAAGGAGGAAUUGUUGGUUAUGGGUCGAACCAGCCCAGCUAAAUCAUACAUGAUGACUGUGUCCAGCUAAACGGGCCACUGUUGUCAUUUUUAAGAUAACGUGAAACAAAAAAGAGAGAAAGAAGAAGAAAAAAAAAAACAGGAUGUGUCCUAUCGUCCAGGAGAUGGAAACCUUGUAGGUUUAAUUUUCACUCGUUUGGUUGUCUGUUCUGUUCUUGUGUUGGAUCUACCAGAGGCUUGACCCUGGGGCAGCUAUGAAGACCCAAGACAUCGGCCUCUCGCAAAGACUGGCCCACUCCCACGGCAGUCUUGGGGGUUUUCUCCAUCGUCUGCCGAUGUUAAUUUUGCACUUUUGCUUACAUGGUUUAUGUUAUCACAUAAAACCCAAACUCCCUCAUAAAUAUUAAGGAGUUACAUUCAGAAUCCUGUUUCAUUAUCUCGCCGUUCACUGUCGAACUGAAGCCCAGACCUACGGUCAGUUGCACCAGGACAGAGUAGCCGCUAUGAGCCUCUUUUUUUAAUAACCUCACUUUUUUGGACCACAAAGCGGUACUUUUCUCCAUUUUUCAGUGUCUGGUUUGCUGUCGGGCCUCCUCCUGGGCUUCAGCUCGACAAGAACGGCUUCAAACCACCUCCAUCCUUUACACUGCCGCAAUGGAAUACCUGUGUCAUACUGUUAAACUCUCUAGCCAUUAUUGGCAAUGUGAUGCAAAGGUUCUCAUGCUUGUAGCUUUUUCUAGGGGUCGGAGUCCCUCCUGGAUGAAUGUAAUUUAUAAGACAGACAAAGAAAUAUCCAACAAUGACUAAAACAAUUUAUUUAAGCCCCUUGUCAUACCAAAAUGAAAGAUGUAGCAAAGUUUUUUUUUUUUUUUUUUUACUUAGAGCAGACGUGAUCUACAUUUUCUUCCUGAUUAGAAAGGAUAAUGAAUGCACUUUGACAUUUAGACUGUGUGGGAUGACUUUUAGACUUAACCAAGCUGCAUUCCAUCGCUUUCUUUUUACAUUCUCAUUCAGUUUCACACCAUUUUCAUAAUUUGUUUUCUUGCUUACACUCUGCCUAGCGUAAGAGCAAUGUGGUUGCAGUAUUUAAGAAGCCUGUGUCAAAAGGAAUAUUUCAGACCAGGUUGUUGUCGCAUUCAGUAGUGCCGUUUUAAUCCUUUCAAGUUACUGAGAUGCACACAAUUCAGGCUGGUUUUCCAUCAAGACUAUUUUCUAAUGCAGAAGGCUGAUACUCAAAGGCAAAACUCAGUAACUACACAUUUUGUCUGGUCAGUUAUGACCAAAAUUUAGACUCUUAAACCAGUGGUUCUCAACUAGGGGGCUGGGGACUGCUAGAGGGCCUCAACAAUAAUCCAAGGUGGCCAUGAGAUGAUUUGAAAUGAAAUGGGUUAUAUCAAAACUAUCAAGCUUAAUUAAAAAAGGCUAAAAUACAGGCCGAAACCAUAUAAAAUCAUAGUUCAAAAAACAUUUAUUAACCUGAAAUUAUUCUUGAGAAAUUAUUUUUAUCUUUUGGCCUUCGAAUAGUGUCUUGGACAAUGAGGGGCUCUGGAGUCAAAAAGGUUGAGAACCACUGUCUGACUGAUCUGUCCUGAAACAAAUGGCUUUGGCUCAACUAUGCACAGAUAGUGGAGAGUAAAAAUUGCAGUAACUAUGAAAUCAACAAUAAAAUUAAGUAACUUAAGUCAUUUUUCUCAAUUUCAGUGUUGGCGUAGUUACUGCGUUUUGCCUUUUUAGAGGAGAUAUGGCCCUCUGUGGCUACAAUAAAGCAGUUUAUGCUGCGGGAAAGCUAGAACUGCAAACGUCUCUCCAUUGGACAAUCCGGAAACCCAAAUUACGGGACCAAUGUUUCGUAUCCUAUUAUUUUUAAAGCCUCUUUACAAAGACAGCCUGGAAAAACAGAUGUCAACUCCUUGUUUGCACACCGAAUUGCAGGGCCCACCAAUCUUAGAUGCUGAACAUGGUGCUUGCUUUUUCACAGAUGGUCUUCAGCCAGAAUAAAAGCCAAAUGUCACCGGUCUCAGUCUUAAUUAGGAGCGCGCGGUCAAACAUAUCAUCUCCCUCCCUAGGCUGGGUGUAGGAGGGGGUAGGACCCUCAUAUCAGGGCAGCUACAAUCCUCUCCAGCCCCCUUCCUCACAGCCCAGAGGAGAGUUUAGCCAGCACACACACACUGAGCGCACUCCAAACUCACUGAGCCUGUUGUACAGGGCUGAGACAAACAGGAAGAGAAAAUUGAGCAAUGCUCCUGGUUGAGCUACAAAUGGCAUUUGUUCAGGGCAAUGCUGAUGGAUUUGUGCUGAAUCUGUUAAUAUUAGUUGUGUGGACAUGAGUAUGUGCGGGAGAGGGAUUGCUUUAGCCUUAGCCGUUAAGCUGCAGAGACCGGGUGCUGAUUAACAGUCCUAUAUGUGUGCUAAUACCUUUGACCCCAGAGGAUCAUGAGGAUCAUGAGCUGGGUUGUUGAUGCACUGCCUUUCUUCCUGUUUCCUUGUUCCUUAUUGGACCAUCAGCUAUUUAAGACCGGAGAUCACAUUUAUUAAGCUGAAUUACAGCACACAUGCUUCUUAAAUCCAAAUUUGUAUAUGAAACAUUUGCUGAAGCUAUUUGAAACACCUGAGAUAGUCAGACGGUCUGCAGUUUGGACGCAAUUUGCCAUCCCACUCUUCUGAAUGCUUUAACUCCGACAGGCAGCCCCCCACCCCUAUGGUUUUAAUAUUUAAUAUUUUUAACCAGUCUGGUGACCGUAACCAAAUUCAGACAGACAAUUUGAGUGCUUUUAGAUCUACAAUUUUUAAACUACUAAGAAUUAUGACUUCACACCACCUCCACCGAAAUAAUGACAUCAGCAAACAGAUUUCACUUUUCACCAUUCUGAACCCUGUUUCCGUUCAGUAAACGUUUGCACACAAGUUUUAGUAUCGUUGUAAUUCUAAAGUCAACUUUGAGCAAGAGCACAUGAAAUGCACUAAUAGGUUAACAUUGAAGUUAUGUGACUUUGAGACAGCUGAGUCUCUAUUGGAAUGUAUUGACAAGCUCAGGCCACAGACAUUCUUAUGGAUGUGCAGGUUAAGAUGUGAAAAAUAGAAGGGAAUGAUUUGGUUCUGACAUUCAUUUCAGAAGUGAUUAGAGUUAUUGCCACUUUCACAUUCAAAGUGGUUCCAUAUUUGUAGAAUGUAUUAUUAUUGUACAACAUAUGGUAGACUAAGUACACAACCAUACAAAUGGGAAGUGCCAAUAAUUGAUAUUUUGCUGUGUGUAGACGUGUCCCUUUUUGUAUCUCAUAUUUUAACAUGAAUUUCUCUUUCAUAAGUGAAGCCAUUUGUGUUAGGAGUGUUGGAGAGGACCAAAGUUGUUUUGGUAAAAAAUAAUAAUAAUAAAAAAACAUAUCAGUUUCCAUGCUCUGUUCUGAUAGACUUUCUUGUUUUUUUCUUUUCUUGUUUUUUUUCUUUCUUUUUUAAAUUAAAACAACAAAAAAAGAAAAAAAUUUGAGCUACCCAAGAUAAAGCUGUCUGUAUCUUGUGAUUUUUUCCUGUCUGUACAUCUCUUGUGUUCAUUGUUUGAUUCUUUAGUCUUGGGUAUGUUGUGAUGAACUGCUGUAAAUUUGUACAGUUCAUGUAAAUUGAUUGUUCGGAAGUUGUACAGAUUUCUAUAUUUUGGAAGAAAAGUUUUUUUUUCUCUGUAAUAAAAGAUUUCCUAUCUUG